AGCCAAUCAAGAGCCUGAGAGUUAUGUUCUUCGCACCUGCGCUAUUGCCCGCUCCGUAACGCAUGUAUGUCUGGAAACGGUAGGACGGAGGAUUGCGACGUCAUUUGUGGAUAAUUUUAACAACAAGGAAAGCUGGCAGCGGCAACGUACUCGCAAUGGAUGGAGAGUCGAACUCGCAGUAUGCAUUUUUGGAGGUUCUGGGCCGGGGCACGUACGGCACCGUUAUCAAGUGCGCCAUCAUACCCGCCACAAAGGGAACAACGACAGCCGCAACAGCAGCCGCCGUAACGGCCGCAACGCCCAGCGCCCAUGUGGAUCAUGGCAACGGCAGCAAUCACGGCAUUAGCAGCAGCCCCAACGGCAACCCUAACGACAAGAGCAGCAGAAAACACGUGUACCAGCCUGCUAACGGCCCUGCCACCAACGCUCAACCACCACCCCAGUACGUUGCCAUCAAACGGUUCCAUGGAGCCCUACGGAAUACGCAUGCCUGGCAGCUGGCCUCCCGCGAGGCCCGGCUGCUGGGCGCCAUGCAGCACCCGCUAGUGGUGGCGCUGCGAGACGCUUUCCGCAGCCCCUCAGGCCGGCCCUACCUGGUCAUGGAGUAUGUGCCCAGGUGUGUCGCUGCGGAGUUGGCCGCCCGACCCGCGGGUCUGCCCCCUCGCGAUGUGAAGCUGCUGACGUGGCAGUUGGCGCUGGUGCUGCGCCACCUGCACGCCAACAGGGUACUUCACCGCGACAUCAAGCCCUCCAACAUGCUCCUCACUCACUCGGGGCUGCUCAAGCUGUGCGACUUUGGGUUUGCGAGGUUCACGGGUGGCAGUGACCCACGGGUCGGCGAGCUGCUUACGACCUACGUCGUCACUCGCUGGUACCGGGCGCCCGAGCUGCUGCUGGGGCUGGAGUACGGCCCGCCGGCGGACAUCUGGGCACUGGGCUGCACGGUUGCUGAGCUGGCGGCCGGGUCCCCGCUGCUGCCGGGCACCUCCACCGCCGACCAGCUCGCCCUCAUCAUGCAGAUGUUCGGGCAACCGCCUGACCAAGGAUCCCACGGGUCACCCCUGCGGCGGCACCUCUCGGGCCUGGGUUCUAGCCUUUUAGAGCUGCUGGAAGCUUGCCUGCGGACCGACCCACGGGGCCGUCCCACGGCGGCGCAGCUGCUCAACAUGCCGUACUUUUUCGAGAUUAGCAGCCUGGUGGUGGGCAACCCGGAGCUAGAGGAACUCUACCGAAACGAGAUGGGAGCCGGUGUGGCUGCUGCCGCAGCCGUCGCCACAACGGCGGUGGCUUUGUCGCCAACAAUGGAGGCGACAUCACCGCCACCACCGCCACUUCACGUCUUGGAGCCAGCCGGGGGCGCUGAGCCACCGCUUCCUCCGCAGGUGCCCCUGCCAGAGCUGCUGACGCCGGCGGCUUCAGAAGCAGCUGCCACUGCCGCCGCGCCGCUCGACCCCCCAGAUCAGAAGGACGCCUCCGCACCAGCUAGCCAGGCAACAUACCGUCCAGAUCCCCUCCCCCAACUCGCCAUCACGCCUCCAGAGGCAGCGCCAAGCUGCUCGAAACCAGCUCGCCGCCCCUUUCGCCGCCAGCGUGCAGCGUCCGCAGCGGAGGCCGGCCCCGUACGGCAAUCCACAUCUGAGCUGUUUGGGGCUCCACCGCCGGCGGCGGCGGCGAGGGCUUUGGCGUCGGUGUCGGCCUCGGUUGGAGCCGGCGAGGGGCAAUACAGGAAUCCAGAGCCGAACAGGCCGCCAGUCCGAAAUCGUACUGCCCAGCGCGGCUAUCUCGAGCCUGAUCCCCGAAGCAGCAACAGCAGCGGCAACAGCAACCUCGACAACGGGUUGUGGGUGCCUUGGGGUUCGGAUUGGCAAGCGAGGCUGGCAAGUGUGCGCCGUGGCUGCGGGAGGGGCGGACAUGGAGAAGGAGGUGGGGGCGACGGAGGUGGCGGCGUUGGAGGCGGCGGAGGUGAAGGAGGUGGAGGAGUUCAAAUGGCGCCGCUAACGCCCCGCCUAACGCAACAGGCUCCGGAACCCGGUGCCGUACGCGUUUCUUCCGAC